AUGUUACUCGCUUUCCUGAUGACCUGUCAGCUAGGUGCAUCCAUCGUCCUGUUGUACGUCGCAGAGGCGAACGACCGGUCUGCGAGUCCGCCUGGCAAGCCAUGCCAUAAUGGCGGUUGUCGCCGACUGGCGGACUUUCUGCGGGCCUCCAUCAACCGUUCCGCCGACCCGUGCAACGACUUUUACAACUACGUCUGCUCUAGGAGUGACUACACCGAUACCUUUAAGAAGAUUAAGAACCAGACAAUGGAUAACCUUAUUUCGCUCCUGCGCACGUCAGUGGUGCCCGAGCGAGGUCAAUCGGCAGUUCAAAAGAUGGUGAGUCUGUUCCGUGCCUGCGUUUCUCUCGCGGAAGAGAACAGAUACGAGCAUGGUGACGUGAGGGACUUGCUGAUGUCACUGAGUCUUUACGUGCCAACAUCACCGGACAUAUCGAGCGCGGACGACGACCGUUGGAGCGAUCCGCUGGAUAGCAUGCGGAAGCUAUCGGCCGAGUAUGGUUUGCACGCGUUCUUAUAUUUCGACACGACCGGAAACGCAACCGCGGCGCGCUACCACCGGCUGGCUUUGAGCGCCGAGUACGAGACGUGGUGCGAGAAGCGCGCCGACCUUACCGAGUCUAACGAACUAAAGGACUUCGUCACCGAGCGCAUCCGCGUACUUGCUCCGACGCCUAGCCACCCGGACCUCCCCAGACUGAGUAAAAUGUUCAUUUCGCUCGAAAGCGAACUGAUCGUCUUCAUAGCGCACGCAAGGAAAUUAUUAGAACAGACCGGCCAGUUAACACCGCUAAAGACGAAAGUCAGGGAGCUCGCAAACUUCACGAGAAACGCCGUGAAAUCCGAGCGCUGGUUGUCCGCCAUCAGACGAUGGAGCGGAAGCAAGUCCAAGCUGGAGGAUUCGGUUCUAGCGGAGCCCCUGGCCUUGUGGCUCGCUUGGUAUCUGCUGGCACCCGGACGCUGGCACAACACACGCCGCCUGAUGACCUGGGACUUGGUGCGCCAAGUGGCGCCUUACGCGGGCGCCAACUUCUUGCCCCGCGUUGGAGGCGCUGGCGAACUGGACCGAUUUUGCGUAAAGCGCGUCGCGAGACAAGCGGCGCUGGCCAUCAUGGCCGUGCAUCUGUACCGUACGGUGACUCCUCCUGUGCUGGCGGACACCGAGGAGAUGGCUAAGCGGCUUCGUGCCGCUUUCGUCAACGAACUGGCCGCUUCGGACUGGCUGCGUGGCCAGCCGCAGCGCACGGCGAUACGCAAAGUGCGCGCCAUGCGUAUGACCAUCGGAUUUCCCGACGGUCUGUCCCGGCCCGAACAGCUCGACGAGUAUUACUCCCAGUUGCCGGACCUGUGGAGCCGGCGAUCGCUGCGCUCGUGGCUCGAGCUUAUGCGCUUUCAGCGUCUCAAGAGGCGCUCUUCGACGGUAAACGACGCGGACGCGCUGCGCGCCGGGAAGGUGAAUGCCUACUACCUGUUGGGAAACCGGGUUUGGAUGUCCGCGGGCCUCAUGCAAGCGCCCAUAUACUUCGAUCGCGCGCCGGACGCGUACAACUACGGCUCCCUGGGUCAAGCCAUAGGCCACGAGAUGAUGCACGCGUACGACGUGAGUGGCCGCAAAGUGGACGACCAGGGUCGGCACCGCGACUGGUGGAGCAACGAGACCAACUACCAGUACCAAGAGAACGCGCUCUGCAUUCGCCGCAGUCACGAGCGGGUCGUGAGGGAGCGAACCCAGUGGCUGCUGAGUGGCAAGCUGGACUCGGAGAACCUGGCAGACUUCGCCGGUGCGAGCGCGGCGGCCCGGGCGUACCGAUCGCUGCCGGCGAGCCGGCGCCUGGCGACGGUGGCCGGCUUCAGGCCCGACCAACUCUUUUUCGUAGGCCACUGCGUGAAGUGGUGCGCGCCGUUACGCUCGCAUCGCCCCGAUUCACGGCACGCGAGCUCCCGAUCGCGCUGCAUCGUGCCCUUGAUGCACACGCGCCAGUUUUCCAAGGCAUUCCGGUGCACCAGGGGAAGCUAUAUGAACCCCACUAGGAAAUGUCAUUUCUGGUAG